AUGGACGCGCACUCCACAGCCGUCGCCAUUAAAGAUAUGGAACUGGAUUUCGCCGAGUAUAUGGAUGAGCACGGAAAAUUGGAGAAAGUGGGUCAGCCUGAGUACUUGGUGGCGAUGGUGCGGCGCCUGCAGGCGAACCACGUGUGGAUCCGGGAGCAGCUGACUCACCUGCAGCGCCGCCUGGUGACUCGUCGGUUGGACAGGCAAAGAAGCCUCUACGAGGGAAAGGAGCGGCUGCAGCGACUGCUCCUGAGCCUGCAGGUAAAAUACGGACGCCACUGGGCGCUGUAG